AUGGAGCAAAAGGAUCCAUCGAUAGCGGCCAUUGGACAAAUAUCACCGAUAUCAGCCUAUCCUCAUAGACCUAUAGGAAGGCGCAUCACAAGUCUGACCACCCAUACACCCCCAGCAGUGCUUCUCUUGCUGGUACACGAAGUCGAUUCUAUUCGUCGGCCUUAUAUGCAAUACGCUGCAAUGGCUGGUCAAACUCGCCCGGACACCAGCUUGGACCUGGGCUUUUGGAUGCGCCAUAGCAUCUCACCCAUCCUUGCUUUCCUAAGGGCAGCUGGGGCAUAUUCAGCUGCAGACCAAGGGGAACACAUUCGAAUUCUCUGCGACCAUAUCCUCCCUAAUAUUGGACCUCGACCAACAGCGUCCCAUCCUAUUAAAAGCUCGCUUACAAAUAGUGGUUCGCCGAUCGAGAUUAGCCUUAAUCUUCGUUCCGGAAAGCCGAGUGUGAGAUAUUGCGCCGAGAUCCUGGGCUCGGCUUGGCCCGACGAUGCCGAUAUAUAUGCGGUGGAGACGGUCCAGAAAUGCUUAACCUCCCUUUGCGCAGAACUAGGGCUCAGCAGACGUUGGAGUGAUGAGCUACUAGAGGCCUUUAUUCCCACAGCCGAAGAAGCAAAAAGAUCACAGGAAAACGUGCAACAGUGGAUGACGAGCCUCCUGCCCCCUGGACUGGAAACAAAACCCGUAUCAAGGCUGCCCUUUGCUGCUUUUGCUUUGGACUUGGAUGGACCCCGGGCUCGUCCCAAGUUAUUCCUACUCGAAGGUGUGGUAUCACCUUCUAUUGACAUGUUGUCGAUAGACCUUGUUAAAGAAGAGGAUUUGCACGGCGCUCGAGUCAAAAUGUACCUUCAUACCACUACUAAUUCGUUUAAUACGGUGCGGCAAUGUUUAACCCUAGGCGGCCGACGUCAGGACGAAACGACUAUAAAGGGCUUAGAAACCCUAAGGACAAUUUGGCACCUGAUGAUUCAGGAGAAGGACGAAGUCGCUGACGAUUAUGAAAAGCCGGUAAACGACGCCGCACAACAAGCCAUGAAGCUGUUCCUUUCCUUGGAGAUUACCCCUGGCAGAGACCUCCCUGAAGUCAAGUUAUACGUGCCCGUCUUUACCUACAUGAAAAGCGAUGCGGAGACGGUGGAGAAUUUCGAAAUAAUGUUGGAAAAAUGCAACCAAGAGUGGGCUUCCAGUGGGAAAUAUAGAGACAUGUUUGAAACUGCCUUUGGGGAUCUCAAUCGGAAGCGCGAGGCGCCAAUUCAUAGCUACGCAUCAUUCUACUACAAUGAGUCUGGUGUAUACCAAACGUUGUAUUUUUGUUUGCCAAGAGAGUUGGACGUUGACGGCGAGAACAUGGUAGAGCGCCAACCAGACUGCUAG